UUCCGCGUUCCACGGCGGUCUCUGGGUUUCCGGGUGGGGAAGGGGAAGAGAAAUGGAGCGCGGUGUGACGGGCACCGGCUGCCUGGUGAGGACGGGACACUCGCUGCUCACCUGGGGGGUAACACUGGUGCUGUUUCUGCACGACACUGAUCUUUAUAACCAGGAGAAUAAAUGGAUAUACCUAAAGCCUCUUCUCUUCAUCUUAACAGUCCUGUGUUCUGUGGGGCUGUAUUUUGCUGUAUCACUCAUGGACCCGGGCUAUGUACUCUCUGACAGCGAGAAGGUGAUGGUUCCAGUCUUUCAGAACAAUACUUUUUCAGAGCUUGCGGAGCAGGAGACAAGUACAAUGAUCUCCAGCACAGUUUCAAUGAGGCGGUGUGGAUACUGCUUGUUAAAAAGGCCAAUGAGGGCCAGACAUUGUAAAUCAUGUAAUCGCUGUGUGAGAAGGUAUGAUCAUCAUUGUCCCUGGAUUGAGAACUGCGUUGGAGAGAAGAACCAUCGAGUCUUUAUGUUAUAUCUGGUUGUCCAGCUUGUUGUUCUUCUAUGGGCCUUCCACUUAGCUUGGUCGGGUUUCUACUCUGAAGCCACUUGGAGUGAAUGGCUGCGUGUGAAUCUCUUCUUGCUCCUGGCUUUCAUCCUGAUCAGUAUUGUCACAGUAGUGGUGUGCCUGCUGAUUGUAUGCCAGCUCUACCUAAUCUCCUGCAAUUACACCACCUGGGAAUUCAUGUCUUAUUAUCGCAUUUCCUACCUCAAGCAGUGCGACUUUGACUCCAACCCCUUUGACAGGGGAACAGUGCGGAAUUUGUGGAACUUCUUUUGCACCCACGGUCCUGUGACCUGGGAGUGGGUAUAUUUGAGGAAUGCUUACAACUCAGUAUGAAACCCCCCUCGUGACUCUGGACAAAACCUGGACUACUGUUUGCCAAACGAGUAAAAGGAUCGGACCUCAUAUCUGUAUUAUUUUGCAGAACAAUUGUUACUGCAUUUUAGUUUACAGAGAAUGUCAGCAGCACUGAAGUCUUCACUUUUAUCUUCAGAAUAAUACACAUUCUGGAGAAUACAUUGGCCACUUACGUCUGUCAGCUGGGAUUACAAAUCAUUGGAUAAACGGACAACAGCUUGCCCUGGAGUUGGAUCGGAAGUUCCAGGGACUAUGCGGAAGACAAAUGUUAUUGAGGGAGAUUAACUAAAGCGGGUGCACAGGGAAUCUGGUGCAGCUGUGCAUAUCAGCUUUUAUUAUCAAAACUUGACCUCUGGAAAAUUUUACCCCCCUUCAUCUCCAGGCCAUUUUUUGCUAUACAGCACUGAGUUACUGAAAUGACAAUUUGCAUGGUCAUGCAACACUGUACACAAAUAACAUUUAUGUCAUUGUUUCC